CCCAAUUUACCCUUCCCCCCCAGAAAAAAAAAAGAGAAAGAUACCCACCCCACCCACCCUGGAAAGAACAAAGCUCAAGAAACAAGGUUACUUUUAAAGCCUCUUUCUUUGAUGCUUUCCUGUUACUCAUAGAUUAGGGAAGAAGAGAGGAAAAAAAGCCGGGGUUUUGAAUCUUUUGGUUCAUUUUCAUGGAAAACGGUGCUAUUAGCGGGUAUGCCUUUUCCGACAAGGAGGCGGCGCCAGGUAGCAGCGGUGCCGCCGGAAUUGGAAAUUCUGUUUUUGGUGGCAGUUUCGGGCUGGAUGAGGCGUUGGGUCGUCAUUCCGUCGACAGCGGCGGCCCUGUGGUGGUGCGGAUUUCGCACCCUUUUCAGCAUCACUGUUCCAAUAGUUCUCCCCUGCCGUUUAAAUCCCCAGGCGGAGGAAUGGCGACGGCUAUGGGGUUUCCGUUUACAUGGGCGCAGUGGAAGGAACUGGAGAGACAGGCCAUGGUUUAUAAGUACAUGAUGGCAUCUGUCCCUGUUCCUCCUGAACUUCUCUUAGCCAUUUCGUCGAACACUUACCCUGCAUCCACCGCCGCCCCUGUUCAGCGUGGGGGAAAGAACAGAGAUUUAGAGCCAGGGAGGUGCAAGAGAACAGACGGGAAGAAAUGGAGGUGCGCCAAAGAGGUGGCGCCGAACCAGAAGUACUGCGAGCGGCAUUUGCACCGCGGCCGCCCCCGUUCAAGAAAGCCUGUGGAAGACCCUCAUCAUCAUCACCACUCCGCCGCCUCCAUCAACGCCGCCAAGAAGAACCGCGGCGUCCAACCGGCGCUUCCAGUUCAGUCUACUGAAUCGCCUUCUUCUUCCAGCCUUAUUCUUGGAUCUCAACCCCGGUCGCUUGAUGAUGCUAAAUUGGAGCAAAAGCUCUCCAUCUCCCAUUUUAAGGAACCAAAUAGGAAUUUUGACUGGAUGAUGAUGGAAGGGGAGAUGGUUGCCAUGGGAGGAGCUGAGGAACAAUGGCAACACUUAUUAAUGGAAUCAAGAGCAAACACAAGACUGGCUUUUGAUACAUCAUCUCCGCUCUAUAGAAGAAGAGGUGAGAUUGGGUUUUUCCAGCUUGACUCCAAUGAUCAUCACCACCACAACAAUGGCAGCUAUUACGAUGCUUCAAUGGCGGCGGGAUCAGUCCGAAACGACGGUCCUGUUCAUUGCAACGGAACGUGGAAGUCGGCCGUUCCAAUGUGGGCCCCGUUUGAAUCUGGAGGGCCGUUGGCAGAGGCUCUCAAACCGAGCAACCACCACCAGCAUCACAUUGACGCGGACUCGAUCAGCCAGGCUGGGACCAGUAGCGUCUCCUCCCCGACAGGCGUUCUGCAGCCGAAGGCUGCCACUUCGUUCUCUCAAUCCGAUGGCAGCGUCUGUAACAGCCCCACCGCUCUUCCCCCCGCGCCUCCUUGUUCAGAUAUGCUCCCAUUCCGGUGGCUUCUAUAGUUAACGGGGGGGCAAAAAUAAAUUCACUACGGGUGUUCAUUUCUUGUUUUUCUUCUUCUGUUCUGUGGGUUCAUUUUGGUUUCUGCACAAGUGAAAUGCAAAAGGGGUUCUUUUUACUACUUACAAUUUUGCUCUUAACCUUUGCAAGUUGGUAAAACAUAUUACUUGGGUUCUUUUGACACCUAUAUCAUAAAUUUAUUCAUAAUGU